GCCGCACACCGAGCGGCAGCUGUCUCCUAUUUAGGUGAUUAUCGGAGCGUUUGGGCUUUCGUUGCUCGGAUGUCAUGUGGCUGGAGAAAAUGAAGCGUCUCCAGUUCUGUUCGUUUUAAGGAGAGACCUCAGUAAACGGCCUGUAUUUGUUUUCCAGACGCCGUGCGGAUAUUUAUUUAUUUGUUUGUUUACGUUCCUCUGCGGAGUUUUAUUUCUCAAAGGUUGAGCAGCAGCGCGACAGUGAAAAUGGACGACGGAGGCAAACAGCAGCACUUAUUUGGGAAUGGGCAGCAGAGAAGUCAGCAUCCCAGACCGUUUUUCUACGUCCAGCCUCCAUCUCAGCCUUAUUACCUGUACCAGCACUGGCAGAUGAACAACCCUUACAGUCACUACGGUUUGCCUGGAGGUUUUAACUAUGGCCGUCCCUACAUGCACCCCUACCAGUACAUGCAGUAUCCAGGCUAUGUUUUCCCGCCCGCCCCCAUUUAUCCGAUGGACUACAGGCGAAUGUUCGAUUCCCGCUUCCAUGCUCCCUUCUGGGGAGACGUGCCGCGCCAGCAGCAGCAUUUUCAGCCGCAGGGCCGCCGUGACGUGGCCUGUUCCGAGGUUCAGACCGACCCCAGUGAUGCCAUUACCAAGCUCAUGGAGUGCCUGGAUAAAAUACGAGCCAGCGAGCUGCAGGCCGCCGACAGAGAGCUUGACUCUGGCGUCGCCUCGCAGGCGUCGGGGAUGUUCUGUCCGGAGGAGGAGAAGAAGCGUGACGAACAGGGCGCGGCACCUGAGGGCAGUCAUUUAGACUCCCCUCCAUCCAAGACCCUCCUCAACUCAACCGCGGCCGAGUACGACGGUGAGACCAGCACGCGGCGCUCCGAGCUCCUCAACGCUCAGGAAUGCUGGUCAGCGCUGGAGGAGGAGUUGCCCCUCGAUAGCUCCUCUGUUCACGAGUGUCCCGAGCUCGAGCAUCCAGCCGGAGACGAGUGCCUCCCUCUUAGGAGAGAAGCGGCCACAGGCGUCCAGUCAGACAGCUUAGUGACCGAUCAGUGUGUUCCUAGAGGGGACGUCGAGGAGCUGCAGAGGCCGACACCACCACACGCAGCCUUUUCUUCCAGUCGGGGCGGCGACGGUCUCCCCUCAAAGGCAGAGCGACAGACGGCGUCGGCGCACGAAGCCAAAUGCGAAUCAAGCUACCGGAUCCUUAGGCUGCCUCACGACAGCGUCCUGCCACCGGGGGCCAGCGGCCUCUCCUCGCCCGCGCCCCCCUACUGCUACAACUACCUCUCCCUGCAGACCACCCACGAGCGCAUGAGCGUCCUCAGUCCCUCGCUGGACGAGCUGUCCUCCAGGGACGAGAUGUUCUCCACCGACCUGGAGGACGUAGAUCUGUUCCCCAAGCGCGUGUACGCGGGCCGGAGGCCCCCGGAGGCCGCCGGGGCGUCUCCCCAAGCGGCGUGCACCUGCUGCGGGAAAAGCCUGGCCAAGGGGACGAGCAGGGGCAAGGUCCACAGCUCCAAGGCCUACAGAGACGAAGCGGACUCUGAGGACGAGGGCCGGUACGGGAGAGCGGGUGAGCGUCCGCUCAGGGUGGUGGUGAGGAAACAUCCCGCACCCAGGAAGCCCCACUGUGUCCCACAAAGGCAGCCCGCAAGAGCCUACAGGAGAGGUCAGUACAAAGACCCGUCAGGAGGACCGGAGCAGGAGGAGGCUCUGGACUUCUGUCCGCAGGAGGCGGCAGAGGACGAGGGGCUGGACGCCGCUGGUGGCGAGCUGCACUGCAGAACAGGCCACGAUGGCGUCUGCAGAGAGGAUCUGACUGGAGACCAGGGCCGGUGGGGAGAACGCGACGCCGCUCAUAGGAGGAGACUUGCAGCGUCUCUGCAACAAGACGUGAGCUCUCAGAGGAAAGUGAUGUACCACCGGGCGAGAGACGACGACAACGAUGAGGACGAGGAGCCGUCGCUUUGGGAGAGAGGCUCUGCGAUGAGAGGAGAACCCAGACGAUAAGGUCCCAGGACUGACUUGAGUCAACUGUGUUGAACUGUCCCCACUAAGGUGUAGAUGUUCCACGAUGAUUAGAAAAUACUUGAAGCACUUGGUGAAGCGCACUGCACAGAACCCUCCUUUGGUUAAAAAAAGAAAAAAAUGAUGUGGUGACACUGCCUUCCACUGUUCAUUAGUGAAUCUCACAAAAGGCAAACGGGCUGAGAGACUGUGUUGCAGAUGGUGCCACUGUUUGGGGCCAGUCCAAUAAAAGUUAUGAUUUAA